AUGGAAUUUAUCAACGCUAAAUAUUCUGGAGAUGAAAAGAAUGGUCGGAUGGAGGGGGAGAAAUGUCGAUUUUCUUACGUGAUGGAAGGAAUGCGCUAUGAAGGUGAGAUGAAGGAUGGUCAAUUUCAUGGAAAAGGAACCUUGUAUUAUAGCUCGGGAGCAAAGCUUGAAGGUCAAUGGGAGGAGGGAAGACUCGUUGAAAAAACAUACAUUUAUAAAGAUGGAUUAAAGUUUAAUGAAGACAUCAAGAACUGGAGUUAUUGUCAGUUGGGACACAAUGAUGAAGAACAAGAUAGAAGGUUCUAUCAUGAAGUGUUGCAAGCAGCCAAUUUUGAACAUCAAUCCAUUCUUCCAAAAUCUGAACAUCAAUGCAUUUCUCAGGACGGUAUUCAGCCAGCAUUGCCUUCACGCAGAUAG